AUGCUACCUCUAUUAAGAUCAUCUGCUUUCGUCAGAACUGCAUCUAUAACACUAACAAAACCUCUGUUUAGAUACUCGCCCUCAUCAAUACUAUCAAGAACUCUCCUAACACAAUCAAUAAAAAACAAAACUGCUCAUCAGUGGUCUCCAGGGAAAAGAUUCUAUCAUCCAAAAGUGAUCGAUCAUUAUACACACCCAAGAAACGUAGGUUCCCUAGAUAAGAAAGCUUCAAACGUAGGGACAGGUCUAGUUGGUGCCCCCGCAUGUGGUGACGUAAUGAGAUUACAAAUUCAAGUAAAUGAUAAAACUGGUAUAAUUGAAAAUGUUAAAUUUAAAACUUUCGGUUGUGGAUCCGCUAUCGCAUCAUCUUCAUAUAUGACUGAAAUGGUUAAUGGGAUGUCUAUUAAUGAUGCUGAAAGAAUUAAAAAUACACAAAUUGCAAAAGAGUUGUCGUUGCCUCCUGUUAAGUUGCAUUGUUCUAUGUUGGCUGAAGAUGCUAUUAAAGCGGCCAUUCAAGAUUAUAAAUCUAAAAGGAAACAAAAUACUGUGUUGAAUUAA